UUUGCCUGCGUCUUUGAUGCCUCCUUGUCUGCUCUCCUGACUGCAGAAGCUUGACGGGAUUCUGCACCUGAUGAAACGUCUUCUACAAGCCCUAAACACUGCAAACAGGUCCUGGUGGAGAGAAAGCAGCCUCGCUCAUCAUUCCUGCAGUGUGCAUCCUGGCAGCAGCUCCUGACAGGGACACAGAAAAAGACUGCACAGAUCCAGGGAGGCUGCAGAGCACCCACGCCCACCGAGGAUACACAGGAUUACCCUUAUUCUCCCUCCUUUCUACCUUCCUUUCCUCUCUCACCCACAUCCCAUCUUAUCUCUCUCUCUCUCUUUCUCUGUCUUUUGUGCGCUUGUGUUGUAGGCAGGCUGACCACCGCCUCUCAAACACGCCACUUGCUACUGAUCUAAAACUUUAAGAAGAAGCUCACUCAGACAGCUCCCCUUUCCUCCCGACCAACGAUGCUGGAAAUCGGACCAAGAUGGGUGAGGCUAGCCUGCUUGUCGGUUCUGUGUCUGUUUCUCUGCCUGCCGGGGCAGUCAGACAGCAGGAGAGCCCCAAAGAUACCCCGCUGCCCUGCAACCUGUUCCUGCACCAAAGACAGUGCCUUCUGUGUGGAUACCAAGGCUAUCCCCAAGAGUUUCCCCCCUGGAAUCAUCUCUCUGACGAUGGUGAACGCAGCCUUCACUACGAUCCCUGAGGGAGCCUUCUCACACCUUCACUUGCUGCAGUUCCUACUCUUGAAUUCCAACACCUUCACUACUAUUGCUGAUGAUGCUUUUGCUGGUCUGGCUCACCUGCAGUACCUGUUCAUUGAGAACAACGACAUCCAGGCUCUCUCGAAGCAUACCUUCAGAGGACUCAAAUCUCUGACUCAUCUCUCUCUCUCAAACAACAACCUGCAGCAGCUGCCCAGAGAUCUCUUCAAACAUCUAGACAUCCUCACAGAUCUAGACCUGCGUGGGAACUCUUUCCGCUGUGACUGUAAAAUCAAGUGGCUUGUAGACUGGAUGGAGAAGACCAACACUUCUGUUCCCGCCAUCUACUGCGCCAGCCCCUUUGAAUUCCAGGGACGCAGAAUCCGCGACCUUACACCACGAGACUUCAACUGCAUCAGUGCAGAUUUUGCUGUGUACGAAACCUUCCCUUUCCACUCUGUGUCAGUUGAGUCCUAUGAGUUCAAUGGAGAUCAGUUUGUGGCCUUUGCUCAGCCUGAUUCGGGGUUCUGCACCCUGUAUAUAUGGGAUCACGUGGAAAUGGUUUUCAGGAGGUUUCACAACAUUACCUCUCGUUCCGCUGUGUACUGCAAACCCGUGGUGAUUAACAACACACUUUACAUGGUCGUGGCUCAACUUUUCGGUGGAUCUCACAUAUACAAGUGGGAAGAGGACCCGCAGCGCUUUGUAAAGAUCCAAGACAUUGACACCAGUCGGGUAAGGAAGCCCAACUUUGUGGAGACCUUCCAGCUGGACGGCGAAUGGUACUUUGUGGUAGCAGACAGCUCCAAGGCAGGCUCCACUAGCAUUUAUCGGUGGUACAGCAACGGUUUCUACUCCCACCAGUCCCUCCAUCCCUGGCAUCGAGACACCCACGUCGAGUUCCUUGACGUCGGGGGAAAGCCUCAUCUCAUCCUCUCCAGCGCCUCUCAACCGCCGGUGGUUUACCAGUGGAACCGAAGCCAAAAACAGUUUGCUUUCCACUCGCAGAUCACAGAGCUGGCCGAUGUACAGAUGGUUAAGCACUUCUGGGUGAGGAAAGUUCUUUACCUCUGUCUAACACGCUUCAUCGGUGACUCCAAGAUCCUCCGCUGGGAAGGGCAGCGUUUUGUGGAAAUCCAGACUCUCCCCUCCAGGGGCUCAAUGGCAGUGUAUCCUUUCAUCGUGGGCCUUCGCCAGUACCUCAUUCUUGGAAGCGAUUUCUCCUUCUCCAGGGUAUACCUGUGGGAUGACCUCACUCAGCGCUUUCAGCCCUUCCAAGAGCUCAACAUGAGAGCCCCAAGGGGGUUCAAUUUGGUGUCCGUGGACAACAAGGAUAUCCUGCUUGCCGCCAGCUUCAAAGGCAACACCCUAGCCUACCAGCACCUGGUGGUGGAUCUCAGUGCCAAGUAGACACGUGAGAGCAACAAGAGGUGUUCCUGGAUAUGUGUCAAACGUGCCAAAUGAGUAAAAGACUGUUUUUGCCAUGGAAAUAAAAGUCUGCUGUUUCCUCUGAUAUUUUAAGCGAGGCAAUUAAUUAAAUGAGUAUUUAAACUAUUUUUAUGCACUAUCCUUGAUAUCUGAAUGAAUAACAUGUUCUUUGACUUAAUAACACAAGUGUCAUGUCAUUGCUGCAUCACUGCUUCAGGUAAUGUUGUUUUUGGAUUGCGUUGUAUAUCGUACUAAUGUGACAAUGAGAUGCAUGUGCAUCUACUGGAUCAUUCACUGGUAAUUGUACAACUGACAGUAAAUCUUCAGCAGUUUUCUAACUUCCAACAUCUUGGCUAGCUGAUCUGAGUAGCUACUUGCAUGACAUUGUAUAUCUCUAUAAAACAAUGCAAUAACAUCAAUCCUUGACUAUCUUUAUCUUUACAAAUUAGAUAUUCUUGGAUCUGUUUUGGAAUGAGUGUUUGUUCCGCAUUUAUAACAAAGGGUCAGAGCAGAUCUGAGGAUGCAUGAGAAACAAACUAAACACAGAAACUACGUAGACCUACUUGAGCAUUGGUCAGUUCGAUUUUCUUAUGAUGUUUAUAAGAUGAGUUUACACAGACAUUCAUUGAUUUUGUUAUGCUGCAGAUUUCCCUGCUUUUCAUGACAUUGCUACUUAAAUAAUGGCCGAGUUGGAGGUCAUGUACAUAACUUUGGGAUUUGUGGGAGCAAUACCAUACCGUCUCUCUUUCUUCUUCAUUUGGCUGCUCCCGUCAUCUGCCUCCAUUUCAUCCCAUCCCUAGGAUUCUCCUCUGUCACACCAACCCUCUGUUUUUUUCCUCUUUCACUACCUCCGUGAAUCUUCUCUGCGGUCUGAACCUUUCCUCCUGGCCGGCAGCUACAUCUUUGUCCAGUAUACCCACUAUCUCUACUCUGCACAUGUCCCAACCAGCGUCGCCUUUCUAACUUUGUCUCCAUGUAUUCAUUUCUAAUUCUGACAGCUUGCCCUCCUGUCUUUCUGUCAUUUCUUGUCUCCAAACUAACUGCCUCUCACACCUCCACCUACCUUCACUCUCUUCUUUACCUCUCUUGUGCAUUGUCUGUUGCUUUGGAUGGUAGAUCCCAGGUAUUUAAACUCCAUCCUUUCACGUUUCCCAACUAUCCAACACUCUCUAUGGAACUAUAACAAAAUCACUGAAUUAUAAGACAAGGUCAAGAUCCUGUCGCAGUCUGUGCUUUGAACAGUCACAAACUGUAUUAAUUCUUGCUGUGUACAUCUGCACAUGACUGGGAUGGCUGUAUAAUUAAAUCCUAUAAUUAAUUAAAUAUGGGCUCCAAAUA